AUGCAGCAUUUACUCUUCGCCGUCGUACUUUUCGAGGUCGCGGUGAUAAUGGCACUUUCUUUUAAGACGCCGAUUCGGAAGCUAUUGAUCAUGGGCCUGGAUCGUGCGAAGCGUGGCCGUGGACCGGUGGUGAUUCAGACGGUUUCGGCUACUGUUUGUGUGGUUCUGGUGACGAGCGUGUACAGUAUAAUGAAGAUCCAGAAUCGCUGGAUCGAGGACGGUGCAAUGAACCCAACGGAUGAGGUUAUCAUGGCCAAGCAUCUCCUGGAAUCGACUCUCAUGGGUGGGUUUCUGUUCCUGGGGCUAAUGAUAGACAGGCUGCAUCAUUACAUGAGAGAGCUGCGCAUAAGAAGGAAGAUGAUGGAAGCUAUAAAGAAGGAAGGAGCGGUUUUGGAAAGUGUAAAAGCCAGAGCUUCUGAUGAAGUUAAGAGCUUGAAAGAGGAAAUAAUGUCGCUGAAGGAGAGGCAGAAGCAGCUGGCCUCUGAGUUUGAAGCAAUUUCUAAAGAGAUCCGUACUGAAAAAACCAGUGGGAUUGCUCUAGAGAAGCAAUCUGAAGGUUUCCUCACUGAGUUUAACCGGUUGUUUGACGAAAACCGGGAUCUUCGAGCGCAAUUGCACACUGUGGAUUCGAGAAUCUCGCGUUCAAGCAGCAAGAAGAAUACUUGA